AUGCUUGUUACCAAACAUGCCGCCGAGCUUUGUGCUCUCCUAGUCAAUGACCUCUUUGGAGAGCUUCCUUCGCGAAUCUUGGUGGCGCUCUUCACCAAAGGGCGUUCCAAUAUCACACAGCUGGCGCGACAUACGUCUCUCGAUCCAAGAAUUCUACGAAACGGCCUUGGCGUCUUGGCCCAGCACAACCUUCUCUACCACUACACCGACCCGGACACGAAUGUUACUAGCUACGAAGCCAACCCCGACUCCUGCUACAACCUCGUCCGAUCUGGGAAGAUCGCCGAGGUCAUCGACAGCCAGUAUGGAACUGCAGAGCGCAAUCUAGUCCAGACUCUUAUCAUGUUGGGCAACGCUAGAGUCGCAGACCUCACCCACGCAUUCACAUCACGAACGACCAGGCCGACAAACGGGACGCAUGAUCCCAACUCGGGCUUGAUCGAGUCUGAAGAUUACUUGAAUACGGUACUGUCUCGUCUGAUACAAGCCGAGAUUGUGGAAACGGUUCGGCUUGAUAGCUUUCGAAGCCUCGCAGAGGUGUAUCGCGAGAUGGAUGCAGACGUCAACAGGACAGCGCCCGGAGAAAAGGCGACGAAAAAUAAGGUGGAGAACCAUGCUCUCCUUGUGGACCGCUUUCGAGACUUUCGGGAUCAGAGCAAGUCAUUGAAACGCCAGCUUGACCGAUUCAACGGCCCGGUAUCCAAGCGAAGAAAGCUUCAAAACGGCGCCUCGCAUGCUGAUUCGUUUUCGGACAGCGCGCCGCUCGACCCCAACAUCAUCGUUCGGGUCAACUACGAGAAGUGUUUGGUCCAGCUACGAAACCAGCGACUAGCGGAAUUUGCCGCCGACGCGCUCGGCGAGGUCACGGGGCAAGUCUACCGCGCUCUGCUGGAGAUGUUGACGACCCAGCUCUCAAGAUGCCAGCCAGAUCCGCUGAUCGGCGACCAAACCGGUGGUCAACAGCAGGUGGCGGUGACGUCGGUCGAGAUCCUGGAGCACCUUGAUGAAAUCGUCGAGGUCCAGAACGGCAUUGGCAAGGCACCGAAGGAGAAGAUCGACUUUCAGAGCGCGGAAAAGGUCAAGGCUACGCCCCUCGACUACGAAAGCGAUUCGGACGAUUCAGACAGCGCGCAGGCCCCUCCGAGGAGAGGGCCGGCCACCGUCCAUGACGAGUCCGAGUCAGACGACGAGGUUGUCGAGCGAGCCCAGCCACGAACCGCACAACAGGCCAAUGGCGUGGCGCGAUCGAGGGUGAAGUUUGAAGACGAAGAGUCUCAUGGCAGCCGCCUGGACCAGAUGCGGCAACACUUGCUGCUGCUUGCGGAGAGCAGGCAUCGUUUCGUUCGGCACUGCGGCACGCACGGGCGAGGUCAAUGGACAGUCGACUUUGGUCAGCUGAUGGAGAGCCUUCGCGAAGCUGAGAUGGAUGCAUACAUUGAGCAUUCCUUUGGGCGCCACGGGCUUCGGCUGACCCGAAUUCUUCGCGAAAAGGGGAAGUUGGACGAGAAGAUGCUGCCUUCGGCCGCUCUGAUGAAGAAGUCGGACGUGCAGGGGAAGAUGCUCGCGAUGCAGAUGGCCGGCCUCGUGGAUGUGCAGGAGGUUCCGAAAGAUAACAGCAGGCUGGCCAAUCGCACCCUUUUCUUCUGGUUUUUUGACGGCGAGCGGACGCAGUCACAACUCCUGGACGACAUAUACAAGGCCAUGCUUCGGUGCCUGCAGACACUGCAGGUGGAGCGGCACAAGGAACGAAACAUCCUUGCCUUUGUGGAGCGAAAGGACGUGAAGGGCAAGGAGGAAGAGGUGAUGACGGCGGAGCAUUACAACAAGUACACGCGGCAUCUGGAGGAGCAGAAGAAGCUUCUGGGGCAGGUCAUGCGGCUGGACGACAUGGCUGCCAUCUUCAGGGACUAUUGA